CCCAAGUAGACAUCCGUAGGCCAACAUGGUGCUCAAUCUGCUGUUCAUCACCACUGUGAUCAAGUCCACUUUCGGCGUGGUGACCACCGGACUGUGGCUCAUCCCACUGAUGCUGGCCGCCAUCACGUACUAUCGCUACGAUGCCGUGGAUCCCGAAUCGCGGCCCCUGGACCAGCUGAAUCUGUAUCCGGAGUACGACUUCAUAGUGGUGGGCAGUGGUUCGGCGGGAGCUGUGGUGGCGAAUCGCUUGAGCGAGGUGAGGAAAUGGAAAGUGCUGCUGAUCGAGGCCGGUCCGGAUGAGAACGAGAUCUCCGAUGUGCCAUCGCUGGCGGCCUAUUUGCAGUUGAGCAAACUGGAUUGGGCCUACAAGACGGAGCCCUCGACGAAGGCGUGCCUGGGUAUGCAAAACAAUCGCUGCAAUUGGCCAAGGGGACGAGUUUUGGGCGGCAGUUCGGUGCUGAACUAUAUGCUCUAUGUGCGCGGCAAUCGCAACGAUUACGAUCACUGGGCCUCGCUGGGCAAUCCUGGCUGGGAUUACGAUCAUGUGCUGCGCUACUUCAAGAAAUCGGAGGAUAAUCGCAAUCCCUAUUUGGCCAACAAUAAGUAUCAUGGUCGCGGUGGACUGCUGACGGUUCAGGAGUCACCGUGGCAUUCACCUUUGGUGGCCGCCUUCGUGGAAGCCGGUACUCAGAUGGGCUACGACAAUCGCGACAUCAAUGGCGCCAAACAGGCGGGCUUCAUGAUUGCCCAGGGAACGAUACGUCGUGGCUCGAGAUGUUCCACCGCCAAGGCGUUCCUGCGACCCAUACGCUCGCGCAAGAACUUCCAUCUGUCGAUGAACUCCCAGGUGACCAGGAUCAUCAUCGAACCGGGCACCAUGCGGGCCCAGGCCGUGGAGUUUGUCAAACAUGGCAAGGUGUACAGGAUAGCGGCCAGGCGGGAGGUUAUCCUGUCGGCUGGUGCCAUCAAUACGCCACAGCUAAUGAUGCUAUCUGGUUUGGGGCCACGAAAACAUCUGGAGAAGCACGGCAUCCGUGUGCUGCAAGAUCUGCCCGUGGGCGAGAAUAUGCAGGAUCAUGUGGGAAUGGGCGGACUCACGUUCCUGGUGGACAAGCCCGUGGCCAUUGUGCAGGAUCGCUUCAAUCCCACCGCGGUCACCUUUCAGUAUGUGUUGCGGGAACGCGGACCGAUGACCACAUUGGGUGGCGUCGAGGGUCUGGCCUUUGUGCACACACCCUACUCCAAUCGCAGUCUCGACUGGCCGGACAUUCAGUUCCACAUGGCACCGGCCUCCAUUAACUCGGACAAUGGCGCCCGAGUGAAGAAGGUGUUGGGCCUGAAGGAGUCGGUGUACCAAGAGGUCUACCAUCCCAUAGCCAACAAGGACAGCUGGACGAUAAUGCCACUGCUCUUGAGGCCAAGAUCGAGGGGUUCGGUGAAACUACGUUCGGCGAAUCCCUUCCACUAUCCCCUCAUCAAUGCCAACUACUUCGAUGAUCCCUUGGAUGCGAAAACUUUGGUGGAAGGUGCCAAGAUAGCGCUUCGCGUGGCUGAGGCCCAGGUGUUCAAGCAAUUCGGCUCGCGAUUGUGGCGCAAACCGCUGCCCAAUUGCAAGCAGCACAAAUUCCUAUCCGAUGCCUACUUGGAGUGCCAUGUGCGCACCAUUUCGAUGACCAUCUACCAUCCGUGUGGCACCGCCAAGAUGGGACCCGCCUGGGAUCCCGAGGCUGUGGUCGAUCCCCGCCUGCGGGUCUAUGGAGUGCGUGGACUCAGGGUGAUUGAUGCCAGCAUCAUGCCAACGAUUAGCAGUGGCAAUACCAAUGCACCGGUCAUAAUGAUAGCGGAAAAGGGCGCGGAUCUCAUCAAGGAGGACUGGCUCACGAAUCCCGAGUACAAAGUGAAGCGGCAAGCUAAUGGAGUUAGAGAUCCAGUGCCAGCUGGCAGUGACAUUCAGGGCAUCAGCACACUGCCCAGAAACAGCAGCCAAAGCGACAGCAGCAACAUCAGUGACAGGAGCAACAUGGAGAGCAACUUCAGCAACUUCAGCAACAGCAGCAGUCACAUCAACUUAGGCAGCAGCAGCAACACAAGCAACAACAGCAGCAACAUUGACAGCAGCAGCAACUUCACACUCAACUAUGCGGAUAGUUAGUGGCUAAGCGACUUCACUUAGUUAGUUAGUGGCUAAGCGAUGAAGAAUACAUAUAGAGCUCCAGUUAGCUCCCGAUUUUGUGCUCAGGGCUCCAUAGCUUUAAACACUCACAGAAAGUGUCCACAACGAGAGAACAACACAAAAUGUUUGCCAUUGCUAAAGUUGCAGCAUGUUGCAACAUAAACUCUUUGAGUUCGUUAUUAAACUCAACUGAAACUAAAACCAGAAUGUGAUUCGAAAAUGCACCGAACAUUCUUUACCUAAAUUCUUUAUCUACACUGAAACCAGAAGCUAUCUUAUGUAUGAAAACAACCAAAACGUCUAUAUCACCGACUUGAAGUUCAUUAUCAUUGGAUGGCCAUCUUGUAAUGCUCAUAAAAACUUUACUACGGAACCA